AUGGGCUACGCCUCCGGCUUCAACGUGCAGCUGAUGCUGGUCUCUGAGGUGGACGUGGACGAGUCCGGCACCCUGGACGCGGUGGAGCUGCGGAAGUUGCUACGGAAGUUCCAGGAGAAGGAGUUGACAGCAUGGACCGCUGCUUUUCACAACGCGCUGCCGUACGGGGAAAAGUACCUGGAGGUGGAGGCGUGCGUCCGAACCCUGCGGGGUGUUGGCAUCAAGGCGACGGAGGAACAGGUCGAAAGCACGCGUGAAGCGAUCGCCAGUAGUUUUUCCAGCAAGAAACGAUUCAGUACCAUCAUGCAGGCGCCUCACAUGGCAGAUCUGGCCAAGUUGCGGAACAACAUCUUGCUGAAGCCCACCCCACAGACCGCGGAAAACUCCAGCAGUUCCAGCUUCGCCGCCGAUGCCAGUGAGAGCUCAGAGGAAGAAAGUGAAAACGAGGAUGACAACGGCAACAUCGACCUGGCCGUCUUCCACUUGAUCUGCUCCAAGUUGGUAGCUGAGGCCAAGCAAUCCAUUCGCGAAAAUGCGGGCUAUACCUGGGAGGAGGUGCAACGUAUGCGAGAAAAGUUCAGAAAGUUUGACAGAGACGGCAGUGGAGACAUCGACAACCACGAAAUGGCAAAGCUGGUUCAGGAUCUUUGUCCAGACUUGGCCACGAACAUCGCCAAGCGAGCGGAGAUUACGCGGAUCUUGUCGGAGGUGGAUCCUGAUAAGUCGGGACAUGUGGACUUUCCAGACUUUCUGAGGCUCAUGCGUCAAGUGGAUGAGAUGCAGGAUCGUCUGCGCAUGGCCAAGGAAACCUUCGCCAUCGAGAAGUCCAAGUUCUCCAGUCGGGAAGUGGAAGAGUUCCGCAAGCUCUUCCUGGGCGAGGAAGACAGCCUGGGCUGCUUCCGCGGCAUGCUGAGGGUGGAUGAGUUCUUGAAGCUCUUGGAACCAGUGGUGGGCCUGGGGCGCAGCAAUGAAGCGGAACUGACACAGCUGUUCUUCACCAUUGAUGCGCACAUGAAGCCAGAAUUUGCUGAAAAGGUGGUGGCACCUGCGAGCCCCAAGGGCCAAAGUUAUGGAGCCAUCGGCAUCAACAACCCACGUGUUGCUGUGGACUUUCCCGAGUUCCUCAUUCUCAUGUCGCUACUCCUGAAGAAGAACUUGUGCCAAGUGAAGGAGAAAAGUAGCAUCCUGGCUCAACGCAGCAGCGGCCGCAAGACACUGACGAAGGCCCCCAGCCGGCUACAUUGA